AUGGGUGGUCAAUGUAUACCAAAUGAUGAAUAUACAGAAUCCAAUCAAGCAUUUCUGUGUGUCUGUCCUAAAGGUUAUAUUGGAGAUCGAUGUGAAAUAAUUGAUAAUAAAAUAAUUAUUAAAUUUGGACGCAACGUUGCUAUAUCUCAAUCAAUAAUGAUUCAUUUCAUUGAAAUUAUUAAGAAUGCUGUACCGAUAAGGACAACGACUCUUCGAACAAUGCCUCUUACACAAAGUUCACUUACAAUUUAUUGGUCAAGAUCAUUUCAUAUUGUUUUUGUUGAACUUCAAAAUAAAAUUUAUUAUUUAGCAGUCGUUCAAAAAAUAUAUCAACGAUCAAUAACAACUACAACAAUUACCAAUCAGUCAGAUCGUUGUCAACAUAUUAAUGAAUUAUUCAAUGAAACAUUUGUUAAAUUGAAUCUUUUUCGUCGUAUUAAAUAUUAUCAUCUACCAUGUCAAAACAUGUCAAACAAUCUAACCUGUUUUUAUGAUGAUCUUCAUCUUUGUUUAUGCUAUAAUUACGAACAACAACGUUUAGCUAAUUGUUUUAAAUUUAAUCAUGAUAUGAAAUUUGAUUGUUUUGGUCAAAGUGUCUGUGAAAAUGAAGGUAAAUGUUUUCAAGACGCUCCCGAUUGUCCACAACGAGCAACAUGUAUUUGUUUACCUUGUUUUUAUGGAGCACGAUGUCAAUUUAUUUCAAUUAGAUUUGGUCUAUCACUUGAUGCUAUACUAGGUUAUCAUAUUCAAUCAAAUAGCACUUUGGGACAUCAGCAAAAUAUUGUAAAAAUUAGUUUAGUAUUAACUAUAAUAUUUAUGAUAGCAGGAUUUAUCAAUGGAAUUUUAUCUUUGAUAACGUUCAACAAUAAAACUAUAUGCGAAGUUGGUUGUGGUUUGUAUUUAUUAGGUUCAUCCAUUACGACUUUAUUUACAACAAUUAUAUUUGGAUUGAAGUUUUGGAUACGUCUUCUUGCACAAAUGACAAUUAUAUCAAAUCUUCUAUUUUUACGAAUUCAAUGUAUAUCUCUCGAUUUUCUUUUAAGAGUUUUUCUUAAUAUGGAUCAAUGGUUAAAUGCAUGC